UAUGGCGAGAAUCAACUGCGUGUCAAGCUACGCGAGCGGAUUAAGCGACACAGACAGAGACAUUUAUUUCAAAAAGUUGACUUUAUCAAAUGGUAUCCGGCUACCAGAUCCGUGUACUAUAGUGGAGUGGAUAGAAGACGUUAGCAGAUGGCCAAAUAUACAGUGGCCAGAUAUAUAUACGUAUUUAGUUGAGAAACCGAGCGUGUACACCCGAGAGAAAUUACGAGCAUAUAAAUCACUGGAUGCUUAUGAAUACGUUGUCUGUGGUCAUGUACAGAACGUCAAAUACCAUGACAUAGACUCAGAGUUUUGUGUGUUGAAAUCAGAAAUUCUUCCUAGUCAAAGACAAGGACACAAGACAACGAUGUAUGAGGCUUGGGUUAUUAUCAACCAAUGGGAGAACUACGUCCUCACGGCGAACUGCACCUGUAUGGCGGGUGUUGACAGAUGAUGACAUCCGGGAACUGCAGGUUGUGGACCCCUGUGCUGCAGUGCUGACAAGCCUGGAAAAUAGUGACACAGACACCGCAUCAUCUGACACUGAUUCAGAGGAGCAUCCUGACUUACCUGAGCCAUUGACUGCUUUAUUUGAUGUAACACUCAGGGAACUCUCACCACAGGAAAUGCAGGUGAAAUAUGAGGAUACAUUUCACAGACUUAAAACUACACUACAACCUCAUCAAUGUGAGAAACUGGAAUUUGUGACAUGGCAACAGUCAAAGUCAAAGGACUGGUACACCUAUAGGGCUGGUCGAAUCACAAGCACUAAAUUACACCAAUCGACCACAACUGACAAGAUCAGAAAAACAUACCUAAACGAUAUAAUGCAGUAUAAAAGAACAGAAUUAAAUGUCCCAUCUGUGCUCUUGGGUAAGAACAUGGAGGAAACGGCAAGACAAGCCUACACUGCAUAUAUGUCCCAAAGCCAUCCAGAUUUCAGCAUCAGCUCAUGUGGCUUAGUAGUGAAACCUUCUGAGCCACACCUUGGAUCAUCACCAGAUGGGAUAGCAAGAUGUACCUGCUGUGGCAAAGGGGUGGUAGAGAUCAAGUGUCCCUACAAAUACAGCGAUAGCCUUCAAGGAUGUACAAAAGAUGAGCAGUUUUGUUUGGACUAGUCAUUCGCAUUGAAGCAUUCACACACAUACUACUAUCAAUGUCAACUUCACAUGUUUGUGUGUGAUGUUAAAUAUUGUGACUUUGUGCUGUGGUCCAAGAAGGAGUUCAUUGUGCAACGUAUCCUAAGAAAUGAAGAGUUUUUGAAGGAGGCUUUUCCAAAAGCACAAGACUUCUUUAUCUUGACUGUGUUGCCUGAACUACUGACAAGAAGACAUGACCCUGUCUUGGUAUCACAGAGAGCUUGGUAUCACAGAGAGCUUGGUAUCACACAGUGCUUGGUAUCACAGAGAGCCUGCAAAUACUGUGAAAGGCCAGAUUUUGGAAAAAUGAUCAUCUGUUUUAAAUGCAGCAACCACGUUCACUACACCUGUGCACACAUAAAAAGGAAGCCAGCAACAUGGUUAUGUAGGGAAUGUCUGAGAGUUGAUGUUUGAAUGAUUACAUUUAGGACUGGGAAAUGUUCUGUAUUGUGUUAUGAAUCUGGUCCAUAUUUCCCAGACCUACAUUUAUUGUUUUCCUUAAUUUUUUCCCUACAUUCAUUAUUUUCCAUCAUUCUUUCCUACAUUUA